AUGACAAUACCUGCACUAUCCGAACAAUUGGAACAGCCAAAAUGGAGGGCGUCAGAGACGGCGAUUCCGAAAUUGGGGUGAGCAGCCUCCGCCCCAAUAACGAAGGUCGCAACACACGAUUAGGCGUCCAAUAUCGACAGUCAUUGUAUUCGUUCAUCUGGUGGCCAUGUUGCCUUCUGUCGUUCUUCUUCUAGUCCUGGUAGCCCAUGCCAACGCCAUCGGCGAAAAUGCGGUGAGUCUUGCGUCAUCCUUGCGUCCGAUCCAGGCCGACACAACUUUUAUCUCUAUUGCGCGAGGACGAGAUCUCGCCAGCCGCCAAGGUUGUCCGACCAGCUGUCCUGGAUUUAGACGUUUGGAGAUUUGAAAGUUUCUUGCGCGAUCAGAUUGCAUAAAAACUGUUGUUCGGAGUCUGGAAGGAAGUUUUCAGAAGAUACAUAAAAUAUAAGAAAGAUAAAUAGAACUCUUACAGAAACUUUUUCAUCGUGAAUUUGGUUAGAAAAAAGCUGACACCGAUUGUAUCUUCUCCGUUUUUUUCAGACAAUGAAGUCAUUGGAUUGGCGUAUUUAAUCUCUGUUUUUGUAAGAGCAAAAAUUAUCGGAAAAAGCAUGUGCUUUUCGAAUUUUCAAAUCUGUUAACUUGUAUGAAAAAUUACAAAUUCAUAAAAAAAGUUGUGUGACAUUUAUUCAUUAUUUUCUUUUCUGAAAUGUUUUCGCUCAAAAAAAAGCCACUAGUCAUUGUUCCCCAUUUUAUUUGAGAAAUUAUGAAAGCAGUGAAGAUCCCGUGCAUCACUUCACUAAAAAAAACAAAAGUUGUGAAGCUGAUGAAAAAAAGUUUGAAAAAUUUUUUUAGGGACUAUUUUGAAGUCAUUUUUUUACGAUUUACAAAAAAACUGAGUUCUCUUGAAGUUUUUGGGGAUUUGUCUGAUGCCCUAAGAAAAGUUUUGAAGUUCUUAUUUGUUCAGCAUCGCUAACAUUUCUGAAACACCUAACCCUCAGCUUUCAAAUUAAUCAAGGAAAACGUCCUUGCAAUAAAAUGAUCUUUCGAAAAAUAAUGCAUUGAAAAAAUUUGAAAAAAAUUGGGCGCAAAAAGCCCUGAACUUUCUAAUCAUAACUGAUAAAUAUCUACAUAAAACCAUGCAUUUGCAUUUUUUUCGCUUGAAAUAGUGAAAAAAGUUGUUCAUAAAAAAAUAUAUUGUUUUUGUUCCCGUUCAUGAGAGAAAAACGGAAAUUGUCUGACCAUUGGUUAUAAAUGACAGAUCCUCAAAAGUUCAGAUGGACCUCAAUACGAUUACUGGUAUCAUUGGCGGGAUCGGAAAGAUGUUGGACAGCAAAAUUGAAACGAUCAAUAUCCCAGCUGAAAUGAUUAUGGGAAAAUGGUUCCAGGUUUUAUUUUCCGAACUGAAAAAUCCUCAACAUUUUUUUCAGAUGUAUAAAGCUGCGAUGAACUUCGACAUCGUCCGAACUCAAAUGUAUUGUCCUGUCGCUUACUGUAAGUUGUUUUUUUUUUUUGAAGCGCGAUGCAGGGAAAAAUCUGGAAUAAUUGCUGAAAAACAUCCGUGAGCUUUUCAGUUAACCCAAAUCCGAUAAUGGGAGAAGAAGGUUUCUCGAUGGAAGAAGCUUAUCGAGUGGUCUCCAAGACUGGUCCUAUUGAGACCUACAAACGCGAUAUGAACAAGGUUGAAAUUGACUUUUGAAGGAAUUUUGAAAUGAUCUGAUGUUUGAAGGUCGGACCUGGUCAGUACUGGAUGUACACUGAGGAAUACUUCUACCCAAGACAGUGUAAGAUUUUUCAUCUAGAAGUUAUAAUUCAAAGCUGAUCUCCUGUUUCAGUCUACGUCAUCGGUGCUGGACCAUCUUUCGAUAACGAAACCUUGAAAGCCGAAGAGCCUAUCCAGUAUUUGAUUGUGUCCGACGCCAACCGACUUUCUCUCAUGGUUUACGCCCGUGACCCACUUGUCUUUUUCCAGGUGAUUCUUUAAUCACUCAAUCUGACCCAAAUAAAAAUUGAAGGCUAGGUCAAGGAUCUUCCAAUAACCUUGAUCGGUUUGAUUUUUCUUUUGCAGAAGUACAACAAGCCAGUUGUCGACUUCAUGCAAAAACACGGAUUUGGCGGAAACGUUUUCUGGAACAGUCCCAAGCCAAUUUACCAAGGUCCUGACUGUGAAUGGCCAUCAGAGAAGGAAGUCUUCACUCGGCGGUUUGAAAAAAAUUCUUCAUAUCUUUGAAGUCAAGAUUUUUCUAGGGUCCUCAAGAACCAAGAAAUGGCCCAGAGAAGCAAGAACGGUACCGACGAACCAGUACUUUCCGGUAUGCCGCUGGCCGACAUGAUCCGUGACCCAAAAAGAACGCUCGAAAGGCUCGUCGGUCCAAAAGCCCUCGCACAGGCCGCUCCGACACCCCUCCAAGGCCAAUGA